GAUCAGAUGACUGGCCCCCCUCGCUCCGAACUGACUCCGGGAUCAAUCCGGACGGCCAUUGGGAGAAGCCGAGGGCAAGUUAGCCGCGGCCGGUUCCCGUUCCCUCCAGAACGCGAGGGUCGCCUUGGGUGGGGAGCCCGUGACCGGGCAAGGACCUAUCCCGGUGUGGGGCUUCCUGAUUUCGAAAGAAUCUCGCUGCACCCCCCGCCCAGAGUUCAGACCAAGCGAAAAGUUAUUUGAGAGGCCUCGGAGGCGCGGGGUGAGGAGUCGGUGGCGGAGGCCUUGGUCGGGGCGCCGUGGAUAUCCCCGAGUCACCGCGUCCCUCUCCUGCAGCCCCCGCGUCGCUGGGAGGAGCGAGGGAGUGAGCGGGAAGGGGUCUAGCUGGCCUUUGCUCGGCCCUCCCCAGCACCCGGCUUUGAACCCGCCCUGCACUGCUGCCUGGGCGGGUCCGGGGACUCAGCACUCGACCCAAAGGUGCAGACGCGCGAGCACAACCCAUGGCUGCGCUGGGCCGCGCGAGGCUGAGGUGGGCGCUGCGAGGGGCCGGCCGUGGCCUCUGCCCCCACGGGGCCAGAGCCAAGGCCGCGAUCCCUGCCGCCCUCCCCUCGGACAAGGCCACCGGAGCUCCCGGAGCCGGGCCUGGUGUCCGGCGGCGGCAACGGAGCUUAGAGGAGAUUCCACGUCUAGGGCAGCUGCGCUUCUUCUUUCAGCUGUUCGUUCAAGGCUAUGCCCUGCAACUGCACCAGUUACAGGUGCUUUACAAGGCCAAGUACGGUCCAAUGUGGAUGUCCUACUUAGGGCCUCAGAUGCACGUGAACCUGGCCAGUGCCCCACUCUUGGAGCAAGUGAUGCGGCAAGAAGGCAAGUACCCAGUACGGAACGACAUGGAUCUAUGGAAGGAGCACCGGGACAAGCACGACCUGACCUAUGGGCCAUUCACCACGGAAGGACACCACUGGUACCAGCUGCGCCAGGCUCUGAACCAGCGGUUGCUGAAGCCAGCGGAGGCAGCGCUCUAUACGGAUGCUUUCAAUGAGGUGACUGAUGACUUUAUGACUCGACUGGACCAGCUGCGGGCAGAGAGUGCUUCGGGGAACCAGGUGUCAGACACGGCUCAACUCUUCUACUACUUUGCCUUGGAAGCUAUUUGCUACAUCCUGUUCGAGAAACGCAUUGGCUGCCUGCAGCGAUCCAUCCCCGAGGACACCGUGACCUUCGUCAGAUCCAUUGGGUUAAUGUUCCAGAACUCACUCUAUGCCACCUUCCUCCCCAAGUGGACUCGCCCUGUGCUGCCUUUCUGGAAGCGAUACCUGGAUGGUUGGAAUGCCAUCUUUUCCUUUGGGAAGAAGCUGAUUGAUGAGAAACUUGAGGAUAUGGAGGCCCAACUGCAGGCAGCGGGGCCAGAUGGCAUCCAGGUGUCUGGCUACCUGCACUUCUUACUGGCCAGUGGACAGCUCAGUCCUCGGGAGGCCAUGGGCAGCCUGCCUGAGCUGCUCAUGGCUGGAGUGGACACGACAUCCAACACGCUGACAUGGGCCCUGUACCACCUCUCAAAGGACCCUGAGAUCCAGGAGGCCUUGCACGAGGAAGUGAUGGGUGUAGUGCCAGCUGGGCAAGUGCCCCAGCACAAGGACUUUGCCCACAUGCCGUUGCUCAAAGCUGUGCUUAAGGAGACUCUGCGCCUCUACCCUGUGGUCCCCACAAACUCCCGGAUCAUAGAAAAGGAAAUUGAAGUUGAUGGCUUCCUCUUCCCCAAGAACACCCAGUUUGUGUUCUGCCACUAUGUGGUGUCCCGGGACCCCACCACCUUCUCUGAGCCUGAGAGCUUCCAGCCCCACCGCUGGCUGAGAAAUAGCCAGCCUCCUACUCCCAGGAUCCAGCACCCGUUUGGCUCUGUGCCCUUUGGCUAUGGGGUCCGGGCCUGCCUGGGCCGCAGGAUUGCAGAGCUGGAGAUGCAGCUACUCCUGGCAAGGCUGAUCCAGAAGUACAAGGUGGUCCUGGCCCCGGAGACGGGAGAGUUGAAGAGUGUGGCCCGCAUUGUCCUGGUUCCCAAUAAGAAAGUGGGCCUGCAGUUCCUGCAGAGACAGUGCUGACCUGAGUCCCCGCCUUGCUGGGGCUUGUCCUAGAGGCUCCAGCCCUGGCACAGUGGUUCCUGGCUGCCACCAUGUCUCAGAUGAGGAGGGAGAGAAGGAGGCCACCAGACUCGAGAGGUGGGAGAAACUCCCUGCACUUCCCACAGACCCUGAGCUUUUGCCACUGCUAUCAUUUUUGAGCAACUCUCUCUCAGCUAAAAGGCCACCCCUUUAUUGCAUUGCUGUCCUUGGGUAGAAUAUAAAAUAAAGGGACUUUUAUUUCUUAUUGGA